AUGGCUUUUUCUUCUUUCUCCGAGCGCGACGCGCUCUUAGAAAAUGAUUCCGAACACCACGUUGAAAGGUCCAUCCCCAUCGGGAUGGAAGCGUCGACUUCUUCCAAUCAUUCAUCGUCAUCUUCCUCUUUCGCAUCGAGAAUCACGACGAAAUCAUUCGCCCUCGGCGUCGCCGGGAUGGUUCUGUUCGCCUACGGUGGGCACACGGUGAAACAGAAAAUGCUCGGGGCCGAACACGGAGGCGAUGCGCCGUUAACGAACGAAUCCUUGGUUGAAAUCUACGACGCCAUCACGCAAUCCCGGCUCCCGGGCAACGCGGAUCGAAGAAACGAUCCGCUGUUGAAAGCGGCGGAGAAGGAUUUGCCGAACAUCGGCAUCAUUAAAUCCGUGGAUCCGACCUGGCAAGCGCAGUCGGGGUGGCAUCAUCACCCGGUACCUGGGGAUGACGCGCAAGAGGGGAAGUUUACCAUGUGCGUUCCCGGUGAGUGGGAUAACUCGUACACGUAUAACUUUUUGUCCUUGUUUAGAAGCGGCAUGUGCAUUAAAGAGGUGAGAACGGAUAUUCAAAACGGCGAUUUUACCGGGUGCGAUAUCCGCGUGUUUAACCAGUACGCGUUUAUUUGGAGGAACGAUUUUAAGGUUGGGAACCAAACCGCGCGAUCGGAGGAGAACUUCUUCGGUCCUCCGGCCAAGUUGCACUCGAACGUGGUUGAUUUCUAUUACGCGCACGAGUCGCCGGAUCAUUACGGUUACGAGUUGAGAGGCGAUACGGAAUAUUCCAAGAAAUCGUUGAAAAACAUGCAAUAUUUGGCCUGGUUUAACGGCGAUCCGGAUUCAUCGCAUCGAUCGAGUUUGUGGUUUCCGUUUGGCCCGUCUAUUGGUGAGUUAUUGAGAGACUACUCGUUGUUUUCUAUGCCGAGAGAGAAGAGAAUUCCAGUCAUCGGGUGGAUGUCUAAAGAUUGCGUGUUGAGAGAACGCAUCAACGUGUUGGUGGAAAUUUCCAAACACUUUCCAGUGUUUAGCAUGGGGAGAUGCGAGCAAAAUAUUCCGCCACCGGCGAAUGACCCAGGACGUUUGGGUGACUUUGGCGACCAGCAAAAAACCAAAGCGCAAUACAUGUUUUACUACGCGUUGGAGAACGGCAUUCAGUGCCCGCACUACAUGACGGAGAAGAUUUGGGACGCGUUAUCGAGAGGUUCGAUUCCGAUUUACAUAGGCUGGGACGGCAUGGAGGAAUACAUCCCUUCUAAAGAUGCAGUUAUUGAUUUGAGAGACUUCUCUACUCCCGCGGAAUUGUCCAAAAAGUUGACGGACAUCGCGACGAACGACGCGGCGUACGCCAAGGCGCACGAGUGGAGAACGAAAUCGCCGGAUCAGUGGCCACUGAAGUUCCGCAACUUGAUACGUCAAGUCAGUUCGGACAUGAAGUUUGGCAUUUGUUCGACGAUGAAGGAGGGUCCGAAGAACCAUCCAGCCGCGGUGCCAACGGAGAAGUGCGAUCGUUCCGUGAACAUUAUGGGCAUGCCGGUCACGGAGUACCCGGGGAGAGAAGCCGCGUGGUGGGAAGUUGCCGGUUGGAAAGUUGAGACGGCGCACAAGGUGGACAGCAGCGCAGUGGCAAGAGUUGAGAUCCAAUCGCCGUUGAAGUUCUUGACCAAAACUUGCGACGAUCACUCGGUCGAUUGCUUUCACACGUUGAAGACGGCGUCGGCAAAGAUUGGGAAUCAAGAACAGCCGAGACGCAACAACAACAACAAUAACAACAACAACAACAACAACAACGGCGGAGGCGGAAUGCGAAGAGCGGAGAGCGGUAACAACAACAACCAAAACAACAACAACAACAAUAACCAAAACAAGGGAGUCAGUUCCAACGGUAUGCGACGAAUGAAAGAGAAAGGCGACGGGUUGCCCGAUUACGUCAGCACCGUGGACGUGCGCAAAGGUAAAACCCCGGUGCGUUUGAGUAACAACAACGGUUCCUCGCACAAGGGCGAAUCGCACGGUCGCGAGGAAGACUACGGACCAGUCUUGUCUAGAAAGAACUCCUUGAAAACCGCGAGCAUGGGUGAAUCCGAGUUGCAAUCGGAGGAAGACGUAGAAACGACGACAUCGACGACAUCGACGAAAAAGUCAGGUUCCAAGUCCUCCAAGAAGCACGAAACCGAGGAAGAGAAAGAAGAACGACUCAAGGAGGAAAAAGAGGAGAAAAAAUUAGCCGCUAAAAUCGCCAAACGCGAAGCCGAAGCGUUAGAACGCGUCCACGAAACCGUCGCGGACUUGCCGGUGAUCAAGGAAAAAAAACCGACGGCGCCACCCCCGCCCGGGGAAGCGAAGCACGACGUCACGAAAACGACGGACGACUUUGACGCCGGAGCGCCGAGCGCGGAUAAAGAGGAAGUGGAGGCUUUGAAAGAACGGUUAGCGCUGUUGAGUCAAGUGUCGAGCAAGAAAUCCUCCCGCGGCCACCAUUGA